AUGGAGCCCAACGCCGAACACGAUGGCGCAAACAACACCGCGACCCCACGACAGCGGGUCACCAACGCCUGCGAAGCCUGUAGAGCUGCCAAGGUCAAAUGCCAGCCUAGUGUCCAGACUGGUAUAUGUCGAAGAAAUCAAGACGUGCCGAGACCACCGCCUCCACCAGGCCCAUCCAAGACCUUCAGCAUCGACUUCGAGAUGCCCCAGCUAGAUGACGUUGACGAUGUCGGGAGCCUAGCCACGCGUCAUGAGCGUUAUCUCGAUGAAUUCAUGCCGCCAGAUUCGGACUUGGACUCCAUCGACAUGAUGUUUGGCCUCACUGAAUCCGGUAGCGGCGGCUCACACUCCACGAUAUCAUCACCACCAUCAUCUGGUCCCGCCGUGUCUGUGUCGAGUUUUGGCCUGAAGCCUCAAUUCAACCUCGACUCUGCCGAGAAGUUGCUGCAGACGUUUAGGGUCAUGUUAAAGAACUACCCGUGCGUCUCACUGCCGCCGGAUGCCACCGUCACGUCCUUAUCAAAGACGAAACCGUUUCUCCUUCUCGCCAUUCUCGCCACAGCUUCCGGUUCCACCGCGUUACAAGGCCACACGUUAUACGACGAAGAAUUUCGAAAGAUACUGGGCCUCAAGUUCGUCGCUGGCUGCGAGCGGACUAUGGAGCUUCUUCAAGGCUUGCUCAUCUACACCGCCUGGUACCCAUUCCACCUCCGGCCCAAGAGCAAACAAGCUUUCCAAUACGUCCGCAUGGCUGCCGAGAUCCUCCAAGACCUAGACCUCGCCGACGCGCCCCCGGGCCUCACCGCCGCCUCAGAUCCCACGCCAGAGCAAAUAGACGGGAUGCGCGCUUACCUCUCCUGCUACUACCUCAUCUCAGCGCACGUCUUGCCUUUCCUACAGUAUUUCCGCAAGUGCUCUCUGACCGAUGCUAGGUUUGCAACUGGCUGGGCAAAGACGGCGACUCUUCAAUUCACCUCGUGGACCGCCACCUGCUGCGACCUUCUCGAGCGGUGCUCCGUCCUCGAGGGCGACCACAUGCUGGCAUGGCUCGCCCGUAUGCAACACAUCUCAGAGGAGGCGACCACCUUGGCGAAGAUCAAGCCGGCCUCGGAGCAGGUCAAGCAGCAGGUGCAUUUCAUGAACCUGGGUCUCGAGAGUCAGUUCAGGGAGUGGCGGGGGCGGAUGCCCAGCAGUCUCAACGACCUACAAACCAUAACCGCCGCAAACCUCUUCACUGAAAUCUACCUCCUCGCCGCCCCCGUCUUCCAGCUCCGCUCGACGUCAAAGAUAGGGGACAGCGACCUUGGCCCGCCCAUCCCCGCAAGCCGCCUCCAGCGCUGUCUCACCCUCCUCCGGACCUUCUUCGACUUCAUCCUCUCCCUCGACAAGCCCGCCUUCGUCUCUUUCGCCUCCAUAGACUGGGGCCGCUUCAUCCAGGCCGUCAUCGCCGCCAUCCGCGUCUCCUUCCCGCUCCCCAUCUGCCCGGAGUGGGACCACGCCCGCGCCCGCGAGCAGCUGCAGUUCGGCUCCUACCUGUCGCGGCUGUCGGCGGACCACGAGGAGCUGACGCCCGCGACGAAGCAGAUGGACGUCCUGGGCGCGAGCAAGGUCAUCUUCGCCGUCAUCAAGCGAAAGUACGAGGCCCGCAUCGCCAACAUCGAGACCCCCGUGAACAAGCUGCCGAGGACGAUACGCGGGUGCCCGAUGUUCGACGGCAGUCUGGACCAGUACUUUCCGGUCUGGGACCAGAGCUUGAAUCCGAGUGGUCCCCACGGCCUGGCCGCCUCGCAGAUGCCGAGCGGCGCGGUGACGAUGGUGAACGGGCAGCCUGUGUACCACGACCUGUGGGCUACGAUGGAGAUGGGCUGGCCAGACGGGGCCGUCGGGGAUCCCGCGCAGGCGCAGGAUGGGUUUGGGCUUGGUGCGGGGAGUGACGGCUCGUUGCAGCUGGAUCCGUCGUUUGAGGCGGCGAUGAGUAUGGGGCCUUCUCCCAACGGGAGCGGGUGA